AAUUGUCCCUGAACGCACCUCCGGUCUGCGUCAACAACCGCUCCAGUCUGUCCGUUUAUUUGUUUGACGGUUUGGUUUUGCACGUUACCGGGAGUAAGAGGACCUACCGGCCCGGGUGCUGUUCAAAGAGAGGUCCGGUUGAAGACGGGCGUUACCUGUCGGCUGUCGGUGGGUUUCUUGAGUUCAUCUCGUUCAUCUGGAGACGGUCCUGUCCUGUUGUUCUGAUGACUGACUGAAAGCCUCCGUCCAUCGUCCCAGCGUCUCCGUCCACAGCUGCACUAUGCAGAGUGUAUGAUGUCUGAGAGCAGCUGCCAUGGCCUGCAGCAGCGGACAGACCAAUGCCGAAACUCUGGAGGGGUUUCAUGAGGUGAACUUGGCCUCACCCACCACACCUGACCUUCAGAACCAAGCUGAGCAGCGCCCCCCCGCCCGACAGAGUGCCCCGCCCACCUCUCUGUACCGCACCCACUCUCUGGGAGCGCACCCCAGUGGCCGCCCCACCUCACUGCGGGCCGACCAGCUCCCCACGCAGCCGGUGUACUCCACACCACGGCACAGCCACAAUGGAAGUGUGCCGGGCCAGGAGGCGGAGUCAACCGAGGGCAACUUCCUGUCUGCAGAGGAUGGCGAGGAGUGCGGCGCUUUGAGCGACAGCCUGUCGCGGCUGCGCAGCCCAUCGGUGAUGGAGGUCCGAGAGAAAGGAAGCGAGAAGCUGAAGGAGGAGCUGGCAAAGGCCCAGAGGGAGCUGCUGUUAAAGGAUGAGGAGUGUGAGAGGUUGUCUAAAGUCAGAGACCAGCUCGGCCAGGAGCUGGAGGAGCUCACCGCCAGUCUGUUCCAGGAGGCCCACAAAAUGGUCAGAGAAGCCAACGUCAAACAGGCAAAUGCUGAAAAACAACUGAAAGAAGCCCUGGGAAAGAUUGACGUCCUUCAGGCGGAGGUCCAGGCCCUGAAGACCCUGGUGCUCUCCUCCCCCACCUCCCCGCUAGGUGAACUGCCCUCUGCAGGAGCCGGGGGGAAGACCCCCUUCAGAAAGGGCCACAGCAGGAACAAGAGCACCUCCUCGGCCAUCAUGGGGACGCAGCCUGACCCGUCGGCCACGCAGCCCAUCGUACGGGAGUGUAGAGAGGUGGACAGUCAGCUGUUCAGCGACUUUAAGGCGUGGAAGGAGGAGCCGACACUCGACCGGGGCUGCUGCUUCCUGGAGAGAGUUUACCGCGAGGACAUCUACCCCUGCCUCACUUUCAGCAAGAGUGAGGCCCAUUGUCCUCUCCUGCUCUCUCCUCAGCUCGGUUCGGCCAUCUUGGAAGCUGUGGAGCAGAACACGCUCAGUGUGGAGCCGGUCGGUUUCCAGCCGCUGCCGGUGGUCAAAGCCUCGGCGGUGGAGUGUGGAGGACCAAAUGGGCGAAGAGCUGAGCUCAUCACAAAAUGUGCCCUGAGCGGUCAGACCAAAACCUGUAAGCACAGAAUCAAGUUUGGAGAUUCGUCCAACUAUUACUAUGUGUCUCCGUAUUGUAGAUAUAGAAUCACAGCAGUGUGUAAUUUCUUCACCUAUAUCCGCUACAUCCACCAAGGGCUGGUCAAACAGCAGGAUGCAGAGCAGAUAUUCUGGGAGGUGAGGCAGCUACGGAGGGAAAUGUCCUUCGCCAAGCUCGGCUACUACAAAGACCAGCUGUGACAGAUGGACAGCCCCGCCCUCCAAUCACAGCCAACUGCGCCCCGAAUCCCCGCCCCCCCUUCCUGAUCCUAGUUUUCCUCAUCCUGUCAUCCCCCUCCCUCCUUUCCUCCCUCCCUCCUUCCUUUGUGAGAGUGUGUUUUUGUGUGUGAAAGAGAAUUACUGUGGUGGUUUUCAGUCACCACAAAAAAGAUGUCAGUGGUCUGUUGUUGUCGUUAUCAAUCUGGAGUUUUUAUGGGUUUCUGUUGAAAAACCAAAAUAUUUUUCUUUUGAAACAUGUAACACUCCCAUUAUAUGAAUUAUUAUUAUUAAUUGGCUUUCUCUCUCCCCCCCCCCAAAAAUAAACAUACAAAAAAAACCAUGAAUUGUUACAUCAGAGUUUAACAGGGCUGAAAUAAGUCAUUUGAAUUCUUCAGUUAGGAAUAGAGACUUUCUGGACAAAUGAUGGAGAAUUAGAGCCACACUUCUGAGAUCUAGAGGAUAUCAUUUAAAUAUUAAGAAACAAGUUGUAGUGUUGAGAGAAUAAAAUCAUAAUACAAAAAUGUAUCAACAUUGUUAUUUUGAUAACAGUUUAAAACAUUACUUAAAACAACCUAAAAUAUUACAAAAUACUACUAAGUAUUACAACUACUCUCGAAAUCCCGGAUAUAUUUUCCUAACUGUUGCUCCAAAGUAGUGACACAAGUAACUAAAACCUGUGAAGUAGACCGUGCAGAAAUACAACACACACCCAGCAGUUUAAAUGACCAAACAAUCAGUUAUUGUGUAACUGUAUAAGUUUAUGUUGUAGAAAAUGUUAAAGGCAGUACGUGAAAUUUAAAGAAAUCCACGCAAAGAUAAUCAGACGAUCACCCAUUCAGACUGGAUAGUAAUUACCUGCUGUUUCUCUGCAAACUCGCUUGUCCACAUUAUAAUUUAAUUAAAUAAUUUCAUUGUAAUGUUUCUUUGCCUCCCCUUUAAGUCUCUGCCACCCACCUGUGGAGGCUUUUGGGAUACAACCGCUGAAGGCCCAUCUCUAUUCAUGACCCUAUCCUGUAUUAUCCAGAUCAAAAAACAAGGAGUUAAAUUACAAAAGAGCACAGUGAAUAAUUCCCCACCUCCCCCUGUAAUGUUUAUCCUGUCUGAAUGGGGCUUUAAAAGUCUUUCCAACAUUAGAAAGUUUGCCUCUGUAUGACAGAAAAUGUUAUUUAUGAUUUCUUUUAUAGUUUGUUCUUUAGUUGUGGCUAAAGCUUCAGGAGGAAAAAUGAAAUGUACAUGUCCUGCUGUUAAACACUACAGGAUGUUGGGUCCUCUUUUACAUAUGCUGACAAAUUUGUGUGGGAAUUUUCAUUCAACGCCUCCUGGUGUUUUCAGCCUGCUGUAUUUAUUAAUCAGUCAGGAAAUGUGUAGUUAAUAAGCUAUGUGUGUGUGUGGGGGGACACUGACUUUGUUUGUAUGCCUGGUGUUGUGUAAACUUUAUAUAUGUUAAUUUAAACCUGAUUCCUCUGCAUUACUCUCUGUCAUUCAUAGUCAAUGUCACUUUCCCGGUUUGGUUUAGUGCCUUUUCUCUCAGACACUCUGAAAUAAAAACAGUGAUACCUCUGGAAA